AUGCCGCGUGAUCGCGCCUUCGACUCCAUCAUCGUCGGUGCGGGCUCCGCCGGAUGCGUGCUCGCCAACAGGCUCUCGGCCGACCCUGAACGUUCGGUCCUCCUCAUCGAGGCCGGCGGCAAGGACCGCAACCCCCUGUUCCGGCUGCCCAUGCUGAUGGGUCGGCUGUUCCACUCCGGCAUCUACAACUGGCGCUACCACACCGAGCCGGUGCCGAGCCUGGGCGGCCGCGCGCUCUACUGGCCGCGCGGCAAGGUGCUGGGCGGCUCCUCGACCAUCAACGGCAUGAUCUACGUGCGCGGCAACCGCCACGACUAUGACCGCUGGGCGCAAAUGGGCCUUGGCGGCUGGUCCUACGACGACCUGCUGCCGGCCUUUUGCCGCUCCGAAGGGCAUGUAGAGCGCGACGGCGCCUAUCACGGGACAGGCGGCGAGCUCACGGUCUGCCGCGCACGCGGUGCGAACCCGCUGUUCGACGUUUUUGUCGAGGCGGGCCGUCAGGCCGGCUGGCCCGUCAACGACGACUUCAACGGUGCGGAGCAGCAGGGUUUUGGGCGCUACGACUUCACCAUCAGGCGGGGCAAACGUUGCUCCACCUCCGCCGCCUUUCUGCGCCCCAUCCGGCAUCGGCGCAAUUUGGCGAUCGCCACCGGCUGCCUGGUGCGCCGCGUGGUCUUAGACGGCGGCCGUGCGACCGGAGUCGAGGUGGCGGAGGGAAGCGCAACGCGCACGAUCCACGCGGAGCGCGAGGUCAUCCUCUGCGCCGGGACGGUCAACUCGCCCCAGCUCCUCAUGCUCUCGGGCAUCGGGCCCGGCGAAGAGUUGAAGCGGCACGGCAUCCCGGUGGUUCACGAGCUCCCCGGCGUCGGCCGGAACUUGCAGGAUCACGUCGACUGCGUCCUCGCCUACGCCUGCACGAAGCCGGUCACCCUCUACCGCGACCUCCGGGCCGACAGGAUGAUCCGCUCGGUGGCCGAGGGGAUGCUCUUCGGCCGCGGGGUGGCGACGACCUUCCCCUACGAAGCCGGCGCCUUCCUCAAGAGCCGGGCGGACCUGUUGGCGGCGGACAUUCAGGUGCACUUCAUGCCGGCGCUGGAGAAGACGGCGAACCUGCACCUGCCGGCGCCCUUCAAGAAGGCGCCGGUCGAGGACACCCAUGGAUUCAGCCUGCGCGUUGGCCCUCUCAACCCUGAGAGCCGGGGGUGGAUCGGUCUGCGCUCCGCCGAUCCCGCCGUGCCGCCGCUGAUCCAGCCCAAUUACCUGCAGAGCGAUGCCGAUUGCCGGACGACGAUCGCGGGCAUCCGCAUGAUCCGCGACGUCAUCGGGCAGCCGGCCUUCGCCGCCUAUCGCGGCCGCGAACUCGCGCCCGGCGGCGAUAUGCAGAGCGACAAAGAGCUUACCGCUUGGCUCCGCGCCAAUGCGAUGACGACCUUUCAUCCCGUCGGCACCUGCCGCAUGGGCUGGGACCCGAUGGCGGUGGUGGACGCCCGUCUCGCCGUCCACGGCAUCGCGGGGCUCAGGGUCGCCGACGCGUCGGUCAUGCCCGUCAUCGUCAGCGGCAACACCAACGCGCCCGCCAUCAUGAUCGGCGAGAAGGCGGCCGAGUUCAUUCGCGGCGCCGCGCCGGCCGUAGACGCACCAUCCGAGGAAAACCGAGAAUGA